AAAAGUUAAAAUAAAAAAUAACACCCUGGAGCCACACUUCGCACUUUUCUCCUGGACCAUAUCUAUAACACACCACAGAAGACGUCUGAAAACACAUCAUACAACAGGCUAUUAGUCAAACAUCUUGAAAUUCUCAAAGGUUGGACCAGACAUUCCCGACUGACUUUUUUUUUUUUCGUUGAAUCAAUAGUGUGGAUCUGCUAUUUUUAAGCAUACCCGCUGAGGCACCAUCACACAGAAGAACAAGUGUGGAAGGCCCACCCAAAGCAUAAACACCUCCUGUUUCAGAAAUCAUAUCAGUCAGCUGCAUCCAGAUUUUUAUUAUCCGUAAUCAAGAAUGGAUCAGGUUUCAUGCUGUGUGCCUCGCCAGAAACCAGACGAAAAGUCCCUGCCACGUCAGCCAGAGGGUCCUCAACACACCCCUCUGCCGACAGAAUUCUGGUGUGAGCAUAGCCCUGAAACACAGAACGAAAUUCCGACCCAGCCGCCCACAAAAAGAAGCAGUAGCGCAUUAGAAGCAGAAAAUCCAGCUCUGCGGCAGGGCCAAAACGAGUCGGUCGUCACCCCAUUUCUCUUGGAACAUAUCGAUGACCAGUCGAACAUCCCGAAGGACAACAUCCACAAGUUCUGCUACCGCCACAACCCCGACAUUGCGUGCAACAAACAGGCGGAUGUGGUGAAGAUGGAAAGCAUCCAGUCGUGCCUCGAGCUGUUGCCGCCCAGAGACCGCGAGGCCAUCAGCCAUGUCUGGCUGAUAUUCUCUGCCGCGCCGCAUCCCCAGCGAGCACUCAUGUUGAAAGGGCUAGUGAGCCAGUGCUGUUUCCCCCAGCUCUCGACGAUAUCGCAGGAAAUCAACCAGCUCAUUCGAAUCGAUUUCAUUGCAACUUUGCCGGUGGAGAUCUCGCUCAAAAUCCUCUGCUACCUCGACUGCAAGUCCCUCUGCGAAGCGGCACAGGUGUCCCGCAAAUGGAAGGAGUUGGCGGAUGAUGACCGCGUGUGGCAUCACAUGUGCGAGCAGCACAUUGACCGCAAAUGCCCGAACUGUGGCUGGGGCCUUCCUCUCAUGCACAUGAGGAGAGCCCGAGAACGUCUUCAGGGCACGGAACAUGACCCAAAAAGGCGGAAGGGAGAUGCCGCUACUAUUGUCAAGAAAAGACCAUGGAAGAGUGUCUACAGCGAGCGCUACCAACUCGAGAAAAACUGGCGCAAGGGAACUUACAAGAUCACAGAGUUCAUUGGGCACACAGAUGGCAUCACGUGUCUUCAAUUCAACACCAAAAUCCUCAUUCUGGGACUGUAUGACUCGGCUGUUCGCGUGUGGAAUAUCGACACCGGUGAAUGCAUACGAACGCUCAUGGGCCAUUCCACCGGCGUGCGCUCUCUUUCUUUUGACUGCCAUAAGUUGAUCACUGGCGGUUACGAUUCAACCAUCAAGGUGUGGAACUAUCGUACGGGCGAGUGCAUUUCAACUUACAGGGGCCAUGAAAAUACAGUGUGCAGCGUGGACUCCCUGAACCGCACAAUUGUCUCAGGCUCUGCUGACUCCACCGUCAAAGUGUGGCAUGUCGAUACGAGGACCUGCUAUACCUUAAGAGGCCACACCGAAUGUGUCAACUCGGUCAAGUACCAUGAGCCGUCAAACACUGUUUUUAGUGCUUCCGAUGACACUACCGUCAGAAUGUGGGAUCUCAAUACGAACCUGUGCAUUCGCGUCUUUGGGGGUCUUGGAAACAAAGGUCAUGUUGGGCAGAUCGAAACUGUGAUCCCCUUCGUAUACAAGUUCGAUGACUUGGUCGUGGAUAAGCUUGAAAGUGACGCGGAGGAGGCUCUUAGUCUCACACAGCAACAAUACGAACACCAGCAGCAAAUACAGCAGCAGCAGACUGAACAGGAACUGCGAACCCUGUCCCUGAGCACGGCGCUCACAACACCUGAAUUUGUAGAGAAUCCCGACUACCCAACCCACUUGCUCACCUCCUCGUUGGAUAAUACUAUUAAGCUUUGGGACGUCAAGACAGGGAAGUGCAUCAGGACCCAGUUCGGACAUAUUGAGGGUGUUUGGUCAAUCAGCGCUGACACUUUCAGAAUUGUCAGUGGCGCACACGACAAGUUGAUAAAGGUGUGGGAUUUGCAGAAUGGGAAAUGCUUGCAUACUUUCGGAAACGACAGCAGUGUCAUCAGUGUGGCAUUGUCAAGUAAUCGUUUCGUGGCUGGCUUGGAGAAUGGUAAGAUUAAGAUGUACAAUUUCGAAUGAGCAGAAGACUUCGCUGCCAAGAUUUGGAUAUCACAGGGUACUACAAGAGCUUCUCGGUCUGCUUCACUCUUUUUAUUAGCGAGACUUACUAUUUAUAUACUGGAAUUUUAGGAUUGGAUUAGAAAUGUUGAUCUCUUUCACUUUCGAUUACUCGG